UCUCUCGCUUGUUUCUCUGUCACUCGCGUUCUCUCUCUCUCGCGUCUUCUUCUUCCUUCUCCCUUCUCUCCGCUUUCACGAUCUCGAUCAUCGAUCGAAUCCCGCUCGCUCGACACCACAAACUCGCGCCGAGAUAUUUUCCCCGUGUUGGAAUCGCCGUCGUCACUCGGUGAAGUCGAUAUGUGUCGGCGUUGCUCGCCACAGCCGCGAACGAGCUCGCGCGAGCGACGCGAGACCCCCUCCACUGUUUGGCUGCGAUAGGAUAGCAUUACCGAUCACUCGCUUCUUUCCCUCUCGUCUUGUCCCUUUACGCGAAGGUUCGCUGCGGAAUCUAUGGACUUCGGAUAGCGAAUGGCCUCGUAUCGUUGCUUCCUUGCGUGCCUUUUUUAGCUCUCUCUCUCUCUCUCUCUCUCUCUCUCUCUGUUGCGCCCGAUUUCGCUCGAAUUGAGUGCUGGUCUUCGAGUUUUUCGAGCAAUCCGAGGACGCGUACAUGGGAUUGAGCUCGAACAGCUCAGAAGAAGGCAUAGAAGGAGCUGAAGAAGCGUUGGAAGAGUAUAUACUGUUGAGAUGGAGUCGCAAUUGGCUCUGAUAGAGCAAUCGUUCGAUGGUCGCUACUCUCGUUUGGUGCGCGAGGCGCUCGAUGAGUUGCCCCACAACUUCACGAUCACCGACCCUUGCACUUGCGGCCACCCGAUCGUUUUCGCGAGCCUGGGGUUCCUGAAGAUGUCCGGCUACUCGAGGGAAGAAGUUGUCGGCCGCAACGGGAGGAUUUUCCAGGGUCCAGGGACGAACCGGCGGUCGGUGAUGGAGAUUCGGGAGGCCAUACGCGAAGAGCGACCAAUACAGAUCAAUCUUCUCAACUAUCGCAAGGACGGGACGCCGCUGUGGAUGCUGUUCCACCUGAGUCCCGUGUUUGAUCGGGAUGACGGGACGGUUGCGCAUUUCGUGGCCGUUCAAGUGCCGAUAUUGAGGCGUUGGAGGCGGUCCUGCUCUGCUAAUGGGAGGUAUGGAGUGAACUUGUGUGAGGAGGUUGUUGUGUUGGGCUCUUGUAGGAGGGAAGUGUGUUCGGACAGUCUGGCGGAAUUGGGUCAUGUUGCAGCGUUUGGUUCGGUUUUGGAUUCAGAUAGCAGAGGAGUAGAGGCAGAAGAACCUUGUGAGGCGAGUGAUUCGGAGAAGCAAAGGGCCGCUUCUGCUAUCAGCCACAUUAUGUCGGUGCUUACUCACUACAGUGAAUCAACUGGUAGACUGGUUUGCGGGAAAAGAUGCUUUUGUCCCGGGUCCAGUCUUCUCAGUUCAUCCGUAAUUAUAUCUCUUGGUAGAAUCAAACAAAGCUUUGUAUUGUUUGUCUUGCUUGCCAGAACUGAUGUGCACUUACCGGACAUGCCCAUUGUUUAUGCAAGCGACGCCUUCUUAAAGUUGACAGGGUACUCUAAGCAGGAAGUGUUGGGGCGAAACUGCAGAUUCUUAAAUGGGAGGGAUACGGACUCGUCAACUCUAUUUCAGAUGAAGGAAUGCAUUCAGAUCAGACAACCAUGCACAGUACGUAUUUUGAAUUACAGGAAGGAUGGAAGUUCGUUCUGGAAUCUACUCCACAUAUCACCCGUUCGUAAUGCUUCUGGCAAGAUUGCAUAUUUCGUGGGUGUUCAGAUUGAAGAAGAUUGUGAGAACCAGGGUGGAGAUGCACUGAGCCCUGAAAUGAGGCAACGUAGCACUGUUGGUGCGGUAAAAGUCGCAUUGAGGACUUUGUCAAUGGGUGCUGGCACUUCAAGAUCAUAGGACAAUGAAACGAUCCUUCGCCUUGGCAUGGUUCAAGUUACGAUCUCUACCAUCCCAAUUAGUUGCGACUGAACUUCAAAUAUCUGUCCUGGGUUUACUGCUAGUGGAGUGGCGAGAUCACGUGUAGGUGGGAUUGUCACGUAAGGGGGCCCUUGUCAUAUGGACAUUAUCUGAUAUAUGAAAAUGCUUCAAUUUACUCGUUGAA